AUGAAUUAAUUGGCUCGGAAAGAUUUUUAAAAUUAAGCAAUUUACUUGUAAGUUUAUCUUUAGGACAUAUUGGCAAUUCUGUUGAUAAUGUUGAAAUAAUUGCAUCUGCGGAUUGGAACGCUUUUAAUAUUACUAAUUCAUCUUUAUCUUCUGCUGCACUAUAA